AUGCGGUGCCCGCGGUGCGGAGCGGUGUCCGGGGUGCGGAGCGAUGCCCGCGGUGCGUUCCCGACGGAGCGGAGCGGUGUCCGGGGCGCGUCGCGGUGCCCGCCGUGCGCUCCCCUCCCGGGCGCGGCGCUCGGCCCUGGCAGCGCCGCGGCUGCUGCGCCUGCGGCCGCCGCCGAUGUCGCACCAUUUGGCUGUCACCCUGUCGCAAACGCCGCCGCUGCUUUGCGGCUCCCAGCGGCACCCCUCACGGGCCCCUCACCCUCCUCAGCCCCCUCAGACCUCUCUGCCCCCUCACUCUCCUCAGCCCUGCGGCCGCCUCGCCGCCUCCCUCCCUCCCUCCACGCUCCGCCGGUGCCUCUUCCCCGUCCGUUAAGCUCCGGUGCUGGGAAAUCCUGUGAAUUCCUCCAGUGGUGGCGGGAGUGGAGGGGGGGGGGGCGUGUGGCACAUCCCUGGUUUUGGGGGCUUCAGGGUCUCGGCUUUCCCAGACCCAGGAGGCAGGUGAAGCCCUCGGUUUGUGGGUUAGCGAAGGCAGGUAGCUCAGGAAGGAGAGGUCACGCUUGUCUCAAGCGCCCGGAGAGAGGGCAGCCACCUGCCGCCCUGGGGACCUGGAGCAGUGGCCCAGGAGGUUGUGAGUCUGGAAAACACAAGGCAGCCCUGGACAACUGUAGCUCUGCAUUUAAGUACUGUGACAGUGAAUUACUGAGCAAGCGGGAACAUUCUGAUGCAAGUGACAUUGAGGAAAACCUGUGCAAUUAUCCAGCUGUACUUACACCGUUAAGGGAGGUCGUUCUGGAUCACAGGCAGGCCCUUCCAAGCAAUAAAAUUCCAUGUUAUCAUUCUCCCAAGGCAGAGUGGAGGUAUAAAGCAGCUAUGUCAGUCAGCAACUUCCGUACCAAGAAAUGGAGAAGAGUUGCUUUAAGGCCACAAGAUCGUUAUGCAGUCAUCAGACUUCCAUGGGGCAGUGGUAGUAAAUCCAGUAUAGGGAUCAAAUCCUUAAAUAUGUACAAGAACCUAAAUCCUUUCCAUCUCUGGCCCAGGAGCAGUAUCUCUACUGGAGAGAUGACAUGUCAGAGACGAAUUUCUGAACUGUCUCUUCAGCGAUCUCCGGUGGUCUCUGAAUUUCAGGCUCAGAUGCUUUCUGGCUCCAGCAUGAUUAUCAGGAAUAAAAGUUUCAGUAGGUCUAACUCUGCUUUCAGCUAUAGCCAGAAUAAUACUAAAAUGAGUAUUUCUAGAUUACAGUUGCGCAAUAAGGACUGGUCAUCAGAGCAACGACAGCAGUAUGAGAUCAAUGGAUGGGAGCUGACUUUACAACAGGCGCUCUUGCUGUCUUGCCAUAGCAGCAUGAGGCUUAAUGUGGGCCAAUUAACCCCACCUGUCAUGAAGAUUUUGCAGCAGGCAGUCACUUUCAAAGUGCUAGAGCAAGACAGCUACCAAGAUUGGAGCUGGCUAAUUUAA